GUUAGUGAAAAUCCAUUAGCCGAAAGGGGGAGGCGACUGCGUGACACUUUUCUGACUCUCUCUCUCUCCCUCUGCGCCAUGGCUUCGGCGGAGCAACCUCUGAAGAAGCGAAAGCUUUACGAGCCGCUUCCUGAACCACCACUGCCGCUGCAUAUUACACCCUCACAACCACCCCAAACCGUCCACCAGAGCUUCGUAGCUCCACCGCUUCCACAGGAAGAAAUUAUGAGAAGACGGAGGAACAGGGAAGAGAUUCGAAGCUUAUACGACUGUUACAAGCGAAUCAAAUUCUGUGUCUCUCGGAAAGACGCCCGUCUCAUGUCAGACCUCGAACAGGUCUACCUUUCUUUCAUCACUGCUUCUAGAGGUUGUACAAGUGUACAACGGAUUGUAGCAGAUCUCAUCCCCCGAUAUGCAUCGUUCUGUCCAACUGCCCUUGAAGCUGCUGCUAAAGUUACUAUUAAUAUGCACAAUUGGAGCUUGGCUGUGAUAAAUAGAGGAGAGGAUGCUGAUGGUGUUGCAUUUGAGACUGCUAAAGCUUGCAUUUUUGGUCUAGCUGAUAUCUGUCACACUGCUUCAGCGGAGGCACCAACAUCAUCUGUUAUCCGAGGAAUCUGUUCUGCUGUUUUUUUAAAUGUUCUUACCUUCUUCAUAUCUUCUUUAGAGGGAGAGGAUAUCUUUCAGACUGUUGAUAGAGAAAUUUUAGUGAUUCAAGAUUCUGCUGAGAUCUUUUCUGAGCUCAAGCAGAAGUUAUCAGAUGAAAAUGAUUCUGCAGUGCUAAAACUAUCCAAGUUCCGUUCACUGUGCCUUCUCAGGAUUUUUUUUUGCUGUCCAAAAAAUUCACUUGCUGCGUGUUUUGAACUCCUUAACUCCACUGCAACGGAUAAAGAAGGACGUUACUUCCUUUGUCAGGUGACCAGCAAGCUUGGUGCCGGUGAUGUGGCUUAUAAUUUGAAUAGCACAAGAAAUGAACCUAAACCAUCCGCGGGAUCUAUUGAAACAGGCAGCGAAGGCAAUGAGGUUAUUAGUGAGCAACCAAUUUCUGAUGACAACCAUGCUUCAGAGAAUGCUGUUCUAAAGAACUGCUUGCUGGGAUUGGUCAUUGGCAAAAACCCUUCAUUGAGAAGUUGGAUAUUUUUGAAGUAUAAGAAGUUACACAGAUCGGCAUCUUCAGAAGUUGUAUCAGAAUUUAUGUCUGUCCUAGAGGGGAUAUUGGGAUCUUCUACAGAGUUGGUUAAGGGAGAAGACAGUCAAGUAGAUAGUGAUGAGGAUGAGUAUGAUCCAUCCAAAUAUAUUAAUAGACGAUAUUUGGUGCCUAAGAUCUCUAAUCAACAGGAAACAUCUUCUGAAGUUUCUGGAAUGGAGUGUACUUCAAGAGUUUAUAAUGGAUCUGGUAAUGAUGAUUUGGCAGACAAAUAUUCAGGUCAAUAUUUGAAGCCCCACAGUGUGGUAGUUCCUCUUGAACCCAAUCGCCGCUCAAAUUCAAGUUCAAAUCAUGAUAGUGGAGGCUCAAGGUCCAUGGAUUUUGAGACAGGAGAGCAAGGAGAUUUAUCCCGUGGUAGAUCUUCCACUCCCAGGGAACUGUUGAACAAUCAGUUGCUCUCACCUGUAACAAGAAAGCCAUUAGACUUCAGGACUAAUUUGUUUGAAAGUAGGAACUACUUUGGCCAAGUUGACAAGAAUCAGGUUUCAAAUGUUGAUCUUGGUUUACCUGCAUCAAGAUCCUCCAGCAGAUGCUUAAAUAAUGCUUAUGAAUCUCCUAAACAUCAUCUGGCAGCAGCUAAUUCUUCUUCGACAAGUCAAAUUAUUUGGUAUGCUGAUGGGGAUCCUGCUGCCAUGGAAAUUUUUUCAGCUUCUAAACAGCUCUGGUUGGGUUCUUUAGGCCCUGAAGCAUCUGAAAAUCUUGUGAGGUUUCAAUUUGAGAAAUUUGGUCCUAUAGAACAAUUUUUAUACUUGCCAUUUAAAGGAUUUGCCGUGAUUGAGUACAGAAAUAUUAUGGAUGCGAUAAAAGCUAGAGAAGUUAUGCGUGGACAUUCCCCUUGGGGUGCCUGUCUUCGCAUAAAAUUCUUGGAUAUAGGAUUGGGAACCAGGGGCGUUGUAAAUGGUGUUGCAGUUGGUUCUAGUUGCCAUGUUUAUACUGGAAAUGUUUCUAGCCGAUGGGCCAAAGAUGAUAUCAUGCACGAAUUGAUGAAAGUAGUUUACAAAGGUCCUCGUAUGGUUACUGAUCUUACCAGUGAAGGUGCAUUGCUGAUGGAAUUUGGGAGUCCUGAAGAAGCUGUAACUGUAAUGGCACAUCUCAGACAGCGCCGUAAGGAGAAUCAUAACCAUCCUCCAGUCGAUGUCGGGAGGCAUAUGGAUGCUGCAGUAUCUGGGUCUGCCUCUAUUCAUGUUGACUUCAGAAGCAACAACCCUGGAACUAAUAUUAUUGAAUCACCUCAUGGUCCAAUGUCACUUGAGAGCCCUGCUGACAGCUGUAGGAAAAGGAUGUCUCGACUAUCCUCACUGCUUUCGUCAUUAUGUACAAAAUAUAAUAUUAACCAUAUAUCUGGAAACUAUAAUGCCUCUUCAAGGGAAGAAGAUCGGUUGCCAACAAACACUCUCUGGAUAAAUGUACCGAAUGUGAGCCACCCCUGCCUCACUGAUGAUGAGCUGAUGACUGUUUGCAAUCUUGCUAUGGGUAAUGUGGGGUCUGUUGUCAGGUUAAUCCGAACAAAUAUGCAGAUGAGUUCUUCUUGGUUUGUGGAAUGCAGCAGCUUAGAUGCUGCAAAUACUCUUUUGAAGAAUCUUCAGGGUUGUCCUGGGAUUUUCUUCCAAAUAGAAUUCAGUCAACCCGGGAAGCACACUGCCACUCCUGUCACAGUGAAACCUGAGGGCAGUUCUCUGGAGCUUGUAUCACCUGGAUCAAAUCCAGAAACUCAUGGAAACACAAUGCAAAAUGAACAUUCAUUUCAAUCAAAAUGGAACUUUUUUGGUCGUAUGGAGAUGCCUGAAGUUGGUGCAAGGAAAGUCGAUGGUUACGACAACAAUAUAGCAAUCAAUCCUUCACAUGGAGGUGGUCCUGUUGUUUCUGGUGUGACUGAACAAAUGUGGAUGUAUAAGAAACCGGAAACCGAGCUGCAUCCUGCACCAGGGACUGUCCCAUGCAUACCCACACCGACACCAGGACCCACUAUUCCACCACCACAUCCUUUUCAUCCUUCUCCAUUCAUUCGACCUGUCUAUAUUCCCCCAAACAGUUCCUGGGAUGUCCGUGGUUCAAAUCAUCAGUUUCCUUUCAACCCAAUCUCACCAGGUGUAAUGCGCAACAAUUUUCAUGGCAGUUCUGUUACACCUCCUUUUCUACCUGCUUCAGUCACUCCACUCUCACAGCUACAGGGAGGCUCUAUGCAGCAUUUUGACCAGAUGCUUCCUCUGCCUGUUGUGCCACCACCUUUAGCAUCCCUACCACCUCAGUCUGACAUGCCACCUCCACUACCUUCAUCCCCACCUCCUUUGCCUGAGAAUCAGCCACCUCUGGUUCCCCCACCACCUAGUUCUCCUCCUCCACCUCCUCCUGUGGAAUUUUCCCACUCAGGAAGUUCUGGACAGUGUCUGCAGCAUCAGUGGCAAGGCACUUUGUGUAAAAGUGGGGUUCAUUACUGCACAAUUUAUGCUCAUAGAGUGGACUCAGAUAUUUGCAAGUAUUCAAAUGCCAUUUCUGAACCUGCAGAAUGGCCUGCUAAAUUAGAUAUGACAAAACGCACAGAUUUUCGGCAUGUGAAAUCAACAUUUUCUAGUACCCCACCACAUAAAAGAGAGGUAUGCUGGCUCCUUCCCUCAUCUGCAAGCGACCAAAAAGGCUUUCAGGAUUUCGUGUCUUACUUGAAGCAGAGGGAGUGUGCAGGAGUAAUUAAGAUCCCAGCUGUGAAGUCCAUGUGGGCGAGACUUCUUUUCAUUCUUCCCCACUCGGUUGAUGCAUGUUCCAUGCUUUCUAUUUCACCCAGCCCAUCAGAUUGCCUGAUUGCUUUGGUUUUGCCGAAAGAGACGAACUUUGAAUGGGUAUGAUCUUUGUAGUUGAUGAUUGAGAGGAAUAGAGCACAGGAUCAGAGUGCCGGUUAUGCUACAUAAGUUUCAGGUGCCUUGAAAUUGUGAAAAAGGCUCAUCAGACUUCAGCAUCUGAAUGCUGUUUACACCGGAGAAGAUGAUACCUACUCUCUUUUUAAUUUGAAUGGCUUUGUCAUUCUACAAGAGGGGUCGCAUUUCUAAUAAAACGAUGUCACAGUUUUGUACAUAUGUUGAACUUUAGGACUGGUUCUUGGCUUUUAGAUAUAGAAGGAAUGUGAAAUUUCCUUUAGCUACAAAUUUAUAUGUUGGACACAGCUCAGCUGUGGAGGGAGGAAUCUGUAAAUGCUUCCGGUGCAAUAUCUUCUUUUUCGCUUGCAUACCCAUUCGUUCUAGUUUUACAAGAGACUAAUAUUACACGUUUAGCAUUUUUCAUUUGCAAA